AUGUUUAACGUCAGUAAGCAUACCAAAAAUUACCAUGUGUAUCGAGAAAUAGUGGAUAAACUUGCAGCAUUGGGGACCAGAGACUCUGUUAAGUGGCUUCCCAAGUCUCCUAAACUCUACAGUGGCCAUAACUGGAGCUCGCAGAGCUCUCGCUGGUCCUCAUUAAAGGGAAGAGAGAGUUUUCAUGAUGGCAAUGUGUAUAAAUUCAGCUCCGGCAAUGACAAAUGGAAGGAAGGGAGAGUCAGUCCUGAGCAAGAAGCAGAGGAACUGGAGGAUCCUGAUGAGGAUGAGCCGAUAUCCAAGUUUUCUGGCAGUCUUUUUGAUACUGAUGACAACAUUAAAGAUCAAAGAAACCCUAGAGCAGCUCUUCAGGAAAAGCACAGGGCAGCGGUGAAAGUGAAGCCUUUUCCAGAGGCUAACAACAAGCCUCAGGCUCCUGCCUCCACAGCAGGCAGCUUUCCAGCAGAGAGCAACAGGUUUCCAGAGGAAACGAAAGAGCAAGUUUCAAGAGCUGCAGAGGUGACACAGCCACCAUUAAAGAUAACCAUUACUGUGUGCAGUCAAAUGGGGAGUCUUGGUAUUAGCAUUGCUGGUGGAAAGGGCUCAUCUCCAUAUAAAGAAAAUGAUGAGGCAAUCUUAAUUGCACGGGUGGCCAAAGAAGGCCCAGCGGACUUGACUGGGGUACAAGGAGGAGACAAAGUGCUGGAGGGAUCCAUCCUUUUAGAACCAAACACACCUGACUCAGGUCCUGUUGAAGCAUCAGCUAAAAGCAGCCCAUUCCAGACAGUAAACCACAUCAUAACAAUACCUCGAAUCAUCCUAACACGCCCUUCCACUUCAGAUGAGGACACCGACCAAUUAACCCAAGAUCCAGAUGACUUUGAGCUUGAAGAGAUGGAUAGUGCAGAAAGCCAGGGCUAUUCAGAGUGUUUGAACAAUGCUUUUUACCCUCCCUAAUAAAGUACUUUGAUAGAAGAACUUCAUGGUAUUCUUUUUUCGC